CAGACCUUCUUUGUCUCCUUUAUCCUAUCAAGUCGUUUCUCUUCUUUUUUUUUCCAGUCUAAUUGCGCAAUCUUGUCAUAUUUGGUUUUUUCAAUGGGAAAUAUUUCCAGCUGUUGUCAAGAUUGCUUCGGAAAACGCAAUCGUACUGGACUGUACGAGCCACUUUUACAGGAAAAUGAACGCGAAGCUAUUGCCGAAUUACUUCAAUUUCUUGAGAACCGGAACCAUACAAACUUUUUUGACGGCGAACCCUUGCGAGCCCUUUCCACAUUAGCUUACUCUGAUAACGUCGAUCUGCAGCGAUCGGCCGCCUUGGCAUUUGCAGAAAUCACCGAAAAAGAUGUUCGUCAAGUCGGCCGAGACACGCUGGACCCGAUCCUUUUCCUGUUACAGUCACACGAUAUCGAAGUACAACGAGCAGCCAGUGCAGCGUUGGGCAAUUUGGCCGUCAACACUGAAAACAAGUUACUAAUUGUGAAACUUGGCGGUCUGGACCAGUUGAUUCGUCAAAUGGGAAGCCCGAACGUAGAAGUCCAAUGUAACGCGGUUGGAUGCAUUACCAAUCUUGCUACUCACGACGAGAACAAGGCCAAAAUUGCCAAAUCGGAUGCUCUACGUCUAUUGGUGGAUUUAGCCCGUUCCAAAGAUCAGCGAGUACAACGCAACGCCACAGGUGCUCUCUUGAACAUGACACAUACACAGGAAAAUCGGCAACAAUUGGUCAACGCCGGAGCGAUUCCUGUGCUCAUCAGCCUCCUCAGUUCCCCCGAUGCUGAUGUACAGUACUACUGUACUACAGCGCUCAGCAAUAUUGCCGUCGAUAGCGGUAAUCGGAGAAAGCUCGCACGGACCGAUUCAAGACUGGUGCAAUACCUGAUCGCUCUUAUGGACACCAAGAGUUUGAAGGUCCAAUGUCAAGCCGCGCUUGCAUUACGCAACCUUGCAUCGGACGAAAAAUAUCAACUUGAAAUUGUGCGUUGCAAAGGUCUUCCGCCGCUGUUACAUCUUCUUAAAUCCGCAUUCCAUCCUCUCAUCCUUUCCUCCGUCGCAUGCAUUCGUAAUAUAUCCAUCCAUCCUGCUAAUGAAUCGCCCAUUAUUGAUGAAGGGUUCGUGGGUCCCUUGAUUGAUCUGCUCUCUUAUGACGACAACGAAGAAAUUCAAUGCCAUGCCAUCUCGACGUUACGAAACCUGGCCGCAAGCUCCGAACGAAAUAAGCGAGCAAUUGUGGAAGCCGGGGCGGUGGAACGGAUCAAGUCGCUGAUCAACCAAGUGCCUGCGAGUGUGCAAACCGAGAUGACGGCAGCAAUAGCGGUGCUGGCUUUAAGUGAUGAAUUAAAGCAACGUCUGGUGGGCAUGGAUGUACUAGAAGUACUGAUUCCGCUGACGUCCAGUCAGAACAUGGAAGUCCAGGGUAAUUCAGCCGCGGCCAUUGGUAAUUUAAGCUCAAAAGUCAAAAAUUACGGACCAUUUAUAAAAAUUUGGGAUUCCCCUGCUGGUGGCCUCCACGGUUUCUUGACCCAGUUCUUAGAUGAAGCUCAAGAUAUCGCAUUUCAACACAUCGGUAUCUGGACCAUUGAACAAUUUUUAGAAGGCAAUGAUCAAAGAUUGGUAUCGUUAAUUUCGCAGUCGCAAGACAUUGUCGAUGCCGUGACGCGUAUCGCCAACGCUUCGGAUGGGUACAAGUCAAAGGCAAAGGAAGAUGAACGAGAAGACGGAUCGGACGAUAUGGAUGGUGACAUCUUUAGUCUCGCCAAGAGAGUGGUGACGGCCCUCCAAGAGUCUGGCAAUCAACAAGAGCAACGAUAAGACACUAGAGGAGAAAAAAGAAAAAACAGGAAUAGGAAAACACACAUCGGGGUCCCU